GUUACUGCGUGCUUUUUGAAGAAAAUCCACUUCGGUCUUGUAUUCCACUAUAAUGGCAGAGACCCUCUUGUUUUUGCUACUCAUCCUCUCAUUCUUCAUCAUAGCUUACAUAAUAAUCUUCUUCACCACCAUCGUUCUCCACCUUCCACCAAGUCCACCAACGAUCCAUCUAAUAGGCCACCUCCACCUCCUCACUCCAUCCCUUUACAAAUCCUUCCACUCCAUCUCCAUCAAACAUGGCCCUCUCCUCCACCUCCGUCUCGGCCCCUCACGCAGCCUCCUCCUCGUCUCAUGUGCCUCGUCCUCCGCCUCCAUCUUCAAAACAAAUGACCUUUCCUUCUCUUCUCGACCGGCAUUUACAUUCGCAGACAAGCUUCCUUAUGGCACAUCUGGCUUUAUCACCGCUCCUUAUGGCCCUUACUGGCGUUUCAUGAAGAAGUUAUGCAUGACAGAGCUGUUGAGUGGCCGACAACUGGAGAGGUCGAUGAGUAUAAGAAGAGAUGAGAUUGAGCGUUCGGUAAAAAGGGUGUUGGAGAAUGUUGGUGUUGCUACUGCUGUUGAUUUGGGUGCUGAGCUCAUGAAGUUCACCAACAAUGUUACUUGUAGAAUGGCCAUGAGCACCAGGUGUUCAGAGAAAUGUGAGGAUGCUGAGAAGAUUAGGAAGUUAGUGAAGGAGUCCUUUGAGCUAGCUGCCAAGUUGUGCUUUGGGGAUGUGUUGGGUCCUUUCAAAGAGUUGACAUUUUGGAUUUAUGAGAAACGAGCUAUGGAUGUUAGUAAAAAGUAUGAUGAAUUGUUGGAGAAGGUGCUGAAGAAGCAUGAAGACAAAAGAUCAUCAUCACAUAGAAAUGGUGAUGACAAUGAAAGGGAUAUAAUGGACAUUCCGUUGGAUGUUUUGUUGGAAUAA